GAGUCACAUUAGAUCCGUAUCGCGGCAUGCAUGCUUUUUCGUGAACCUUGACUGAGAGCAAGAGAAUGACCGAAAUUAUGGGCAAGGACGCAACGACUUGGGGUCGCGAUACGUUACGUCGCGGACUCGACUGGCCGCCACACAACACCGCGCCGCGCCGUGCCGUCAGACCCUGCGGCGAUCCUUCCAUGACAACGCAGUGGUAUCGUGCAUCAUCGCGCCAAUGUUGGACACCUUCGGAGGAAGAGUAUUGCCAUGACCGCUUAGGAAGUCCUUGCGGCGCCAAUGAGAGGGAGCAUUCUUGGUCCGUGAUUCAUUUAACGAAGAAAUUCCGUGUCAUCCUUAACUUACUCGACGUUACAGGGAUUGCACAGAGGACCGCAUGUGCCAAAAAUUCUAAAAUCACCCGACCUAUCUCGCAAACGUAAUUCGCGUGAACAAUUGUGGCACACCUGGAUGAUUGGGGAUGGAGGAAACGACGAUGAUGUGGCGCCACACAACGACAAAUAUCGGAUAAUUGGUUCCGCCGUUUUGGACUGUCACAGCUCACAGACAUACGUGAGAGCGCCGCGCCAAGCCGUUACGCCAAAACUAUGUGAGAAAACUGUCUGUUUGAGACUUGGUGCUGGUAAAAUUUACCGCACAUUUGACCGAGACGUGAAAACAGAUUGAUCCAUCAAUCAUGUCUAAUUCGAAGCAUAUACACUCUCUGACGAUUUUGAGCUCAAACUUUGAAUACGCAUUACAAUGCAAUAAUGUCACAAAAAUAAAGGUGUGGAGAAGGUAAAUAUUCUAUGAUGCCGGGCAUUUUGAAGUCCUACUUAGUAUUGAACCUAAAGUGGAAAAAAGUAGGCAUUCCAUACCACUUCGUCGUGAGUCUCGGUCUCGCUACAACAGCAAAUCGACGACUCAUUUUUAUUUAAUUUUUGUUUCCGGUUUGUAAUGGAGUUGUAACUAUUUCGAAACGUUCCGGGUUCUUCUUUUGAUAUGUUCCCCUUUGCAGCCUUUCCCCAAAUUAUAAGUUGUUAUUUUAGUAUGUUUUUUAGCUGAUUAAGUUGUUCUGAAAUUCAAUUUCAUUGUCAUUCGUAUAUAUUCUGCAUGUAGAGCUCUAUUUGUUGCGCGUUUCUGCAGCAUUUGUGACGUAACAUUGAUAAAACUAAGGGUGGUAAUAAUAAUUGAGAGGUGGUUUGAUUUCUUACCUGAGCUGAUUUUUCCUUGCUGUGAGACGAGCAUCGAAAGAGGGGUUGAUCCAUGACCGCGUCUGCUGGAGGCCCUACUUAGGGGAGUGAUUCCAAAGAGCCGAUUUUUAGCGGUCUGGCCAACUUUUGAAUACUGCGUUAAACCCAUAUUGACUAAAGGUUUGUAAAAUAAAAUAUAUCACAAUGGAAGCUUAGAGAGUAGGUUGAUCUGCUACGUUAUCUAUCACAAUUCAUAUUUUUUGUUUUGUUUUUGUUUUCGGGUUUUCGAGACGUUUCUAAUUCUCUAACCAGUGAAAUGAAUAUAUUCUUGCUUAGUGCAAAGAUUUAGAUGAUAAGAAUGAUAAGUGUAACUCGGCUCGUUCGAGCCUUGAAUUAAAUGUGUGUUCUGAGAUUUUA